UCUGCCGGACAAAAGGCGAAGCUGUCUGACGGAGGAUUGAAACCCAAUUAGAAACAGAGGAGACAUUUUGGGAAAACUGUAAGUGUCCGUGUGUCCCGGUGGUCCAAGGCUGUAGAUAUAUGGUCAAAUAAACACCAGUGGAGGCUCGUUGACUGGAAUAUUAAGGAUGUUCCAGCAGAGUGAAGAGCCUCGUUUCACCAUUGAGCAGAUAGACCUCCUCCAGAGACUGAGGAGGACAGGGAUUACGCAGGUGGAGCUCCUCCACGCCCUGGACACACUUGACCACCUGGACCGCCAACAUGGACACAAGUUGACCCACAAACCGUCCUACAUGCCUCCGUCGUCUUCUUUGUCCUCUUCCAGUGCCGUCGCCGCCUCUUCCUCCAUGACUUCCACUGCGACACAGACAACUUUCCCUGAAAACCGACUCUCACUAUCUCCCAGCAACAACUUCGACAACAACGCCCUACUUCUACCCAUUCCAGUCAAUUCACCUGUUGCCAUGGCAGCAGUAGCUCAGAACGGGUUGGUUGCUGUCACCAAUGGGAAGCUGUCUCCACCCCGGUUUCCUCUGGGCGUGGUUGGUGGUGGCGUGACGGCACCAGGCUAUGGGUUUGAGACCAGCGAAGAGGACAUGGAUGUUGAUGAAAAGGUGGAGGACUUGAUGAGGAAGGACAGUGCUGCGAUUAAAGAGGAGAUCAAGUCCUUCCUGGCCAACAGGCGGAUCUCCCAGGCUGUGGUCGCUCAGGUAACAGGGAUCAGCCAGAGCCGGAUCUCACACUGGCUCCUGCAGCAGGGAUCAGACCUCAGCGAGCAGAAGAAAAGAGCCUUCUUUCGCUGGUACCAGCUGGAGAAAACCAACCCUGGUGCGACUCUGGCAAUGCGAGCCGCCCCUCUGGCUCUGGAUGACAUGAUGGACUGGCACCACAACCCUCCCACAUUUGGCCCCUCCCCUGGGGGCUUCCGUCUGCGCAGAGGGAGUCGAUUUACCUGGAGGAAGGAGUGUCUGGCUGUCAUGGAGAGCUUCUUUAGUGAUAACCAGUACCCCGAUGAAGCCAAGAGAGAGGAGAUAGCCACUGCCUGCAAUGCUGUCAUUCAGAAACCAGGGAAGAAGCUGUCAGAUUUGGAGAGGGUAACGUCUCUGAAGGUCUACAACUGGUUUGCUAACCGCCGCAAAGACAUCAAGAGGCGUGCUAAUAUUGAAGCAGCCAUCUUGGAGAGUCAUGGUAUCGAGGUUCAGAGUCCAGGAGGUCAGUCCAACAGUGACGAGGUGGAUGGCAACGACUUCCCUGACCAGGGUUGCGAGGUGUCUUUAUUUGACAAGAGAGCUUCAGCCAGACAGUUUGGUUUCGGUCGAGCCGACCUCUCCUCUCCAACCCAGGUUCCCACACUGCUCCCCAGCUGGUUCUCUGCUCUGAGUAGAGGAGCCUUGUCUGGACAGAGGGGUGCUUCUCUGAUUGGUCGCUCCUUAAUCUCAGGGGCGGGCCCUCCAGCGGAAGGUUCCAGGCUGUCAGGUGUGUCCUGGUCUCCCCCUUCCCCCUCACUCCAGGAGGAACCUACCAUCCAUGGCGUGCUGUCGGACCCCCAGGACCCGAUCAUUGUGGAGAAGUCCGCUGCCAAUCACACCAACCAGGCGGACGCCAAUCAGGUGGAGGGAGCAAGGUGCAGUAUGGGAAAUGACAUCAAGACGGAGACGCUGGAGGACGACUAAAAGGGGCGGUGAAUGUUGGAAAUGUCGGGGUCAUGAAUGGAACAGGGUCAGAGGUGUUUAUAUGCAAGCAGAUUUUAUAGGAAUGUAACAAGAGAAAAAAUGACCAAAAGUGGUGUAAGCUCCAACCCUGAGAUACCUCCCAACCCUACCUCCAACCACCAACCUGCUCUGCUACACUCUAAUAGGCAUUACUAGUGUAAUAUAAUAAUGCUAAUUAUAAUGAUUAACGCUUAUUUGUAAAAGUUGUCACAAGAUUGUGGAAGAUUUACAAAGCUAAAAUAUCAAAUCACACAGAGAAUGAGUUAAUCACAACAAUGGCGUACACAUUUAGAAAUACUUAUAGAAAUAUGUUUUAAUCCCACUCGUUGUCUUUGGUGAUUUGGUUUUUGGAGCCUUUUGAAUCUUCCCUGCAGGAUUGUCUAUCAGGACACGAUGCAUUGUGCAGAUUUCUUUGAAAACCUCGUUUUUUUCCACAGCAGGACAACACUGUACAUGAAACGGGGUUCACACAGUUUCAGGGUCUUGCACUGUGAUCACAACACAACUGAACAGCCUCAAAAGAUAAGUUUAUGAAUUUCAAAGUUGUUUAUUUUAAAGUUAUGUAGCUCGUUUUUACCACAGUUGAUUAUCUAUUUUAAAUAUUUGCUGUUAUUUCCCUCCAGUGAGAAAACAGCAGAAUAAGCUUUUAGUCAUCAAGGGCAAGGCUCUUAGGGAAUAUUUCUUUGAGUCUAAAAUUACAUUUUUAAUGUAUUAUUUUUAAAAAUAGAAACAGAGUCCUCCACAUUAUACCGUACCCUGGAAAAUUAAGAUCAACAUAUGGAAGCAAAGUGAAGCCAUUAUUGUUUUGCAGUUUUUGAGCACACAAAUCACUUAUUUUGAAAUGUGUCAGCUGAAUGCAGUUGAAGUAUAAAUACCUCUGAAUUGAUAGUAAUAAUGUGUUUAAUUCGAAAUCAUCUUUUUUUUUCUUUUUUUUUUUUGGUCUGCAUUUUGUUUGUUUUAUUUAGGGCCAAUUGUUGUUGAACUGAGUUCUCAGUUAUUUCUGUGGCUGUCAUUCCUGAUCAGGAAUAUCUUAACACAGUCUGGCUGCAGAUCUCAGAUGCCCCCCUUUGCAAAGGACCACUGUGAGUGUGAGACUGUGACUUUAUAAUAAAUUAUUUAAACUUCUGGUUAGGGUUAGCAUACCCAAAGGUUAAAUUAAAAAGCCUGACCUACAAAAUCUGAAUACAACACAUUUAAUUAAUUAUCAUAGUAAACAGUCUGCUGACAGGAAAAAAGCUUAUCCUCCAAAAAAAAAAAACUUAAAUACAGCUAAUGUUGCUCAGGGUAAAGCUAACUAAGCUGCCUAAGCUAUGUAGAUGUAUGUAAUGAAGCUACGUAGGUAACGUAGCUAAGACUAAAGCUAACCGAGCUACUUUAGCUACAUAGUUAAUGUAGUGACAUAGCAAGAUAUAAAUCUAACAAAGCUAAGUAAGCUAUGCAGACAAUGUAACUAUGUAGCUUACAUAGCUAAAACUAAAGCUAACAAGCUAUAUUAGCUAUGUAGGUAAUGUAGCAAAAGCAUAAGUGAACAAAGCUACAUAAGUUACAUAGCUAUUGUAGCUCAUGUAGCUAAGGCUUAAGCUACCUAAGUUACAUUAGCCUCAUAGAUAUCAUAGCAACACAGCUAAAUCUAAAGCUAACAAAGCUGCGUAAGCUAUGUAGAUAAGGUCACUGAAGUUCAUGUAGCUAAAUCUAAGUAAAUAAAGCUACAUAUGCUAUGUAGUUUAUAUUGCCAUAUAGCUAAUUCAGAAGCUAAGAAAGCUACUAUAGCUAAGUAAUUUAUGUAGGAUAUGUAGCUACAUAGCUAACGUUGGUAAGGCUUAAGCUUACGUAUCCCCAUUAGUUACUUACACUAUAUUGCCAAAAGUAUUCGAUCACCUGCCUUGACUCUCAUAUGAACUUAAGUGACAUCCCAUUCUUAAUCCAUAGGGUUUAAUAUAA